AUGGAGGGAAUCAAGAUUCUUUCAUUUGCACUCUUUAUGUUUCUGGUACUCCUCUCUACCAAUAUAGAGUGCCAGAUGAUGCCACGGCCGCUCAAGCCGAAGCCAUUAACACCACCAAUUCCUGUACACCCACUCUGUGUCUCCCAAUUCCGUCUUGCAAACUAUGCAUGUUCAAUGCUGCCAUACAGCCCGGCUCCACCUCUACCACCUAACCCGCCGACACCUUCCCCUCCGCCUGAUGAUCAUUCAAGCCACAGACACGGACACGGACAUGGACACGGACAUGAACAUGAACACGGACACGGACACGGACAUGGACAUGGACAUGAACAUGGACACGGACACGGACAUGGACACAAACACAGGCACCAUCAUGGAUCUGGAGAAACGCCCCAGGAAGGCGAUUGUUGCCGCUGGUUGAAGGAGGUAGACAAUGAGUGUGUCUGUGAUUUGCUGGUUCACUUACCUGUCUUCCUUGCCAGGCCUGUGCACGAGUACAAUGUCAUUGUUGAUGAGUCUUGCAACGUUACUUACAGUUGCUCAGGGCGCUUAAUUUUAACAUAA